AAAUAUCAACGGACCCGGAAUUUUCCGCCCGGUUUUCUCAAAAGUUUCCAAAACGAAGGCAGGCAUUGACAACGUAACGAAGAACACAGAGCCAGAGAGGAUUGGCCACUGCCUUAUCCCCCACCCUUCCUCUUCACCGGGUCAACCAUCUUCCCUUUCAUAUCCGAUCCUCUCGUUCACCUGCCCAACAGCUCCUUCUGCCGGAUCUCCCCCGCCUGAACCAUUCAAAUUCUUGAUUCCUCAAUCACUUCUUACAGAUCCUUUGUUCACCCUUCUGUUGGAUGAUAUUGGAAUUCUAGGGUCUUAUUGACGCAAAAUUCACAUCAAGAGAAGUACAAAAUGAUUGCAAUCCCGUAUUUUACAGCGUUAACAACGUACAUCAGCUAUGGCUUAUUGUUCGCGUUCGGUCAAAUGAGGGAUUUCUUUCGCAGAGUUUUCAAUUGGAGGAGGUCCAACAAUCUUCAGGGCUAUGCUCCCAUCUGCCUUGGACUAGAAGAUUUUUACACACGGCGUUUGUAUCUCCGUAUUCAGGACUGUUUCGGGCGACCAAUAGCCAGUGCUCCUGAUGCCUGGUUUAAUGUGGUUGAGCGUUACUCUAAUGACAAUAAUAAGACAUUGAAGCGGACCUCUAAGUUAAGUAGAUGCCUUAAUUUGGGCUCGUACAAUUACCUUGGCUUUGCUGCGGCAGAUGAGUACUGCACACCACGAGCAAUUGAGUCUUUGAAGAAAUAUUCUCCCAGUACCUGUAGUAGCCGGGUGGAUGGUGGCACAACUGUGUUGCAUAAUGAAUUGGAGAAGUGUGUUGCAGACUUUGUUGGCAAACCAGCUGCUAUAGUCUUCGGCAUGGGCUAUGUGACAAACUCUGCUAUCCUUCCAGUCCUGAUUGGAAAGGGUGGCUUGAUCAUUAGUGAUUCCUUGAAUCACAACUCCAUUGUUAAUGGUGCUAGAGGUUCGGGAGCUACUGUUCGUGUUUUCCAGCAUAACACACCCUCUCACUUAGAGGAUCUAUUGAGAGAACAAAUUGCGGACGGUCAACCUAGGACUCACAGACCAUGGAAGAAGAUCAUUGUAAUUGUGGAGGGGAUUUACAGCAUGGAAGGGGAGCUUUGCAAACUACCUGAGAUUAUAGCGAUCUGCAAAAAGUAUAAGGUUUACACAUAUUUGGACGAGGCCCAUAGCAUUGGAGCGAUUGGGAAAACGGGACGAGGAGUAUGUGAGCUCUUGGGUGUGGACACAGCUGAUGUGGAUAUCAUGAUGGGAACUUUUACAAAAUCAUUUGGAUCAUGUGGUGGAUAUAUAGCUGGAUCAAAGGAGCUUAUCGAGUACUUGAAGUACACUUGCCCAGCCCAUCUUUAUGCAACUUCAAUCUCACCGCCAGCUGCAGAACAAGUAAUAUCUGCAAUUAGGGUCAUUUUAGGGGAGGAUGGUUCUAAUAGAGGCGCCCAGAAGCUUGCGAGAAUACGAGAAAAUAGCAAUUUUUUCAGAUCAGAGCUGCAGAAAAUGGGAUUUGAGGUUCUUGGUGAUAAUGACUCUCCAGUAAUGCCAAUUAUGCUUUACAACCCAGCUAAAAUACCAGCCUUCUCAAGAGAGUGCCUCAAGCAAAAUUUGGCCGUUGUGACAGUAGCUUUUCCGGCAACCCCGCUAUUGCUGGCUAGGGCACGUAUAUGUAUCUCUGCUUCUCAUACCAAGGAAGACCUUGUGAAAGGCUUGGAGGUUAUCGGCCAAGUUGGUGAUCUUGUGGGCAUUAAAUAUUUUCCCGCAGAGCCUAAAAAGCAGGAGGAAGAGCGUAAGAUAGUUAAGUUGGAGUGAAUGGGAGACAUUUUUGCCACUUUGAUUCAUCCGCUAGAUGCAAAGACAAAGGAAAGGUUUGCAUAGAGGUACCAAAAGAGAAGAAUGAUUUAUAGCCUCAUUGUUAUCUGCCCUACCAUGGAGAUUGUUGCACCUGAGGUUGCUCUUUCCCUUUCCCUUUCCCUUUUCCUUUUUGUGCUUUUAAAUGAAAAUGAAACAGUGAAAACUUUUAGUAAUUCGAGUUGUGUGUUAGAUGUUAGUUUCAGAUUAAUCAGCUUAAGCUAUUGUUUUUUUUUUCUUACUUUAAAAAAAACUUGUAAUAUAGCUUAAGUUAUUGGGUUUU